AUGGGACAAAAAAUAAAUCCACUUGGUUUCAGACUUGGUACAACUCAACAUCAUCAUUCCUUUUGGUUCGAGAAACCAAAAAAUUAUUCUGUAAGUUUACAAGAAGAUGAAAAAAUAAGGAAUUGUAUUAAGAACUAUGUACAAAAAAAUAGGAGAAUAUCCUCGGGUUUCGAAGGAAUUGCACGGAUAGAAAUUAAAAAAAGGAUCGAUUUAAUUCAGGUCAUAAUCUAUAUUGGAUUUCCUAAUUUCUUAAUAGAGGGCCAAACAGGAAGCAUCGAAGAAUUACAGGUGAAUAUACAAAAAAAAUUGCAUUCUGUGAACCGGAGACUCAAUAUUACUAUUACAAAAGUGGAAAAACCCUAUGGGCAACCUAAUAUUCUUGCGGAAUAUAUAGCUUUACAAUUAAAAAAUAGAGUUUCAUUCCGAAAGGCAAUGAAAAAAGCUAUUGAAUUAGCUGAACAAACAGAUACAAAAGGAAUUCAAGUGCAAAUUGCAGGGCGGAUCAACGGAAAAGAAAUUGCACGUGUCGAAUGGAUCAGAGAGGGGAGAGUUCCCUUACAAACAAUUCGCGCUAAAAUUGAUCAUUGUUCCUAUACAAUUCGAACUAUUUAUGGAGUAUUAGGCAUCAAAAUUUGGAUAUUUUGGGAGGAGCAAUAA